GUUGUCGUGCCGCUAGAGUCGUGUAGUUGAGGACGCCGACGAUGACGCGAAUGCAUGCACCUGUCGCUCUUCUCUUCAGCAGCGUCUGGUUGAUAACUUUUGGAGUAUUGCAAUGUUCUGCAGGGAGGACCUACGUAUACAAGCCCCGAGAGGUGAACUUCAAGCAGGCCCAGGAACAGUGUAAGGAGUAUGGGAUGGUGGUGGCCAUUGCUGACACAGUCGAGGACAUAGAGGCUAUGAACUCAUAUCUGGAGCCACUUGGGUCAGUGGAAGCGUGGCUAGGUAUGGUGUACACGGGGAACGGCAAGCAGUUUAGCUGGGUCAACGGCGAAUCUGUGACUGCUCACCGAUGGGAUGUGACGGCGGAUGAUGAGCCAGACAAUCUGGCCACACAGAAAUGCGCGGUGUGGCGACGGCGGGACAAUCAGUGGGAUUCGAGGGAGUGUGAUAAUGUCUAUCACCUCCUGUGCAGUACAGGUGACCAUAGCUUCCUCUACACCACAUACAGUCUCUACCUGAAGGACAGCAUGUUUGAUCAGCAAGCGGCAGCAACAGUGACGUCAAACACCAAUAUCGAGUGCGCCGUGUCGUGCCAGACUCUCGACCACUGCGUCUACUUCAGUCACCAGAGGGCGCUACAUCAGUGUCUUCUGUACACGUCUACCUCUACGCCCAGUGCCACGAGGGCAACGGAAGGACAACAGAUCUGGAUAAGUGACUAAAAUGUGCCCGGCAACAUCGUGCACAGCACUGGUUCCUUCACGACGACUGUGGUGUGCCAGGACAGGGCAUCGAAGAACAUCUGGUGGUAGGACAUAAAGUUCUCUGGAGUAAUCAAGCACAAAUGUUUAUCAAAGACUGUUAAUCGACAUUUAACCUACAAACUGAUUGUUAUAACAUAUUCGUACUCCCUAAUCCCUCAUUCCGGUAACGUGUUUGGUGAUUGGAUCGUUUAAAGCCUCUCAUGAUAUCCAGCCAUAUGGCGGGUUUUAUUAAAAAAUGAAAUAAAUAAUCUGGACCAGGAAAUACAUUGGUCGAGCAUUGAUGAGCAUUUGGGAUAGGACGAUGUGCAUCAAACAAAUGUGACCACUCCACCAUUGCACUUAGUUUACCGUAAGGACAUAUUGUAUGUAUUUUAUAUGACCUUGUCCUCACGAUAACCAUGUUACUGUGACCUUGUUCUCAGUCAGUUAUCCACAAACCUGUCUUGUAAAUGAUU